UCAUUCGCAUUCUGAUUUUAGUUUUCAGAUUUUGUUUCAAAAAAGUAUCUGUCUAGAACAUCAAUUACAAUGAUGAACAAUGUAUCAAUGGUGUCUGGCCAACCAAGUGCAGGAGAUGCUAUGAGUAAUGGCAACAACUACAAUCAUUCAUUUCCAGCUUUGCCAGUUUUGAAGACUUCGGAGACAAUUGGGACUGCACAAUUUAAAAAACGGAGUAAUUUUAAAUCUUCAACGGUGAACGAAAUAAUUACUAUACCUGCCCAAGACAGACAUUGGGACAGGAAUAGUCAAUUAGAGAAUAAAAAAUGUAAGGAAGCAUAUAUGAAAAUUGGGAAAGAGUGUAAUGUAGGAAUAGAGAUUUGUGUUUCAAAAACCAUGGAUCUGACUUUACAAAUCAGCGGCAAUAGAGUAAAUGUUGAACGAGCAAAACAAAAAAUUAACACAUUCGAACAAACUCAAAUUAAAACUACUACUACACCGUUUCCAAAAGAACAUCGAAGUACGUUAUUGGGCAAACAAGGACUUAAUCUUAAGAAUAUUGAAAAACGUACAGGAGCACGUCUUCAAAUACCGUGUAUGAAAAAUUCGGCUGACAUAAUUUAUAUAACUGGAACAAAGGAUUCCACGAAAAAAGUAGUUCAAGAAUUGGAGGAAAUUAUAAUUAAGUUGAAAAGUAAAACUGAAAAAGAAAUAAAAAUUGAUCAACGUCACCAUGGAGCGAUAAUUGGAUUCAAUGGUGAAAAAGUUCGAGAACUUCAGAAAAUAUUUAAUGUUAAAAUUAUAUUCCCCAGUCCAGUUGAGGCUAGAAAUAAUUUAGUUAAAAUACAAGGUUUGAACGAUGAUGUAAAUAAAGCAUUUAAAUCAUUAGCUGAAUUGGCCGAAGUAUUGGAUGAAAUCAACUAUGUGUUGGAAAUUCCUAUUUUUAAGCAAUUUCAAAAACUUAGUACUGGAAAGAGAGCAAUAUUUAUUAAAAAGAUUAGAGAAGAGACUGAUACGAGAAUUUUUUUACCACGCGAAGGAGACAAUAAGAAUGUUAUUAAAGUCAUGGGAAAUAAAAGAAAAGUUUUAAUUGCUUAUGAUAUGAUUAAAGAAAUACAAAAUGAAAUUGGAGACAUAAUAACAAAAGAAAUGGUGUUGGGAAAUGUUAAAGUUAGAAAUGCCAUUGUAAAUCUUGGGAAUAAAUUCAUUCAAUCUAUAAAAGAAGAUUGUGGGGAUAAUGUGACAUUGAAUUUACCAACUGUUAAAGGAGAUAAUACUAUAGUUAUCAAAGGACCUGAAGAUGAUGUUAAAAAUGUUAUUACACAAAUUCAGACGAUGGUUGAUGAAGUUCAUAAAUAUGUGUUUGAUAUGAAUGUAAAUCCGAAGUUUCACAAAUAUUUAAUUGGAACAAAUGGAGUCAAUGUUAAAGAGAUCAGACAUUUAACGAAUACAAGAAUAAUUUUCCCGCCUGAAACUGAUUCCACUAAUGAAAAUAUAACUAUUGUUGGUAAAAAAAGAGAAUGUUAA